AUGCGCACUUGCCGGAGCAGUAAUGAGUGGAAGUUGAAGUUGGUGGAGGAAUGGUUGUCGUAUGUCCAGAAGGUAUUAUGUCAGUAUGAUUUCAACGGGUUGCCGGACGGUGCGUUGCUUGAAUUGGUACCUUUGAAUUCCGUGCGGCGUUUGCGGAGCGGGUCUCAAUGGUUGUUGCCAGUGGUGUCCACGACGGCGGGCGCAUUGCGAACUCACGGUCGGCCGUGUCUGAUCACGGACGCGGAAAUGGCGGCAGGUAUCACAAGUUCGGUAUGGAUAGGUCGUCAAGCGCAGGCAGAGGCGGACCUGAAGGAAGAGGAAGUUCGGUCUGGCACCGUCGAGGAGCAGGAGGACAAGCCGUUAGUGAGUGACUCGUCCGUGAGUGACUCGGCGGCGGGCGACUCGGCGGCGGGCGACUGGCGUGACUUCCAGUGCACGUUGGCGCUCUGUCGAGAGCGCAAUGUCUUCGCGCACGAUGCCGCUCUCGAAGGCGUACUGCGUGCGUACUGGAGCAAGCAUUGUCGAAGACCCUCAGUAUUCUGGAAGUCACUUGUCCGCCUUGGCCACCGUCAUUGCGGCCAACUCUCCCGUCGUCGCGUCGCUUGGUACCACGAUUCCAUCUCUCUAUUCCGCACUUCAGCACACGCACUCGUUGUCAAAGACAUAACUCUCGGGGGCCAUUUUGAUUCCACUCUCGGGCCAGGAGAUGUACUCAUUGCUUUACAACGCCACCAGUUUGCCCGAGGCUUGCCAAUUCAUCGGGACGCCAUGCGUCUCGCCGCGCUCAACCAUCAUCAAGCCUCUCAUCUCAUCCACCGACCGCCUCAUCUCAUCCACCACACGAUCGACAACCACCACGCGUUCGACAAAAACACACUCUAUCAAGACGGCUGGGGUACUACCACGCCCUCCGACCGGCCCUGGCCGACGGAAGAACUCGAUCUCGCCUCGCCCGUCAAUUUGCUACCGGACGCCCAGCCCUACCAGCUCCCUGGCGCCAUGCUCCCUGGCGCCAUGCUCCCUGGCGCCCUGCCAUGCUCCCUGGCGCCCUGCCGCAUCACCUCCCUGGCUCCGUGCACGGGGGUGCCCUGCCGUGGCCGUUCCAACCUAUUCCCGAGUCCUAUCCAGGCACGGAGAUGUUCCGGAACAUGUCCGACUCGGUUGCAGAGCAAGACCCCUCCUCAAGGUUCCAAAGUCCAUGCGUUUCUUUUGCUGAACCACCAGUCCAGAUGGCCCCCGUUCUAUGGUACGGUCCUUGGGACAUCCCCGGACCGUACGGAGUACCACCGGAGAUGUUGCAGAUGCUUCCCACCGGUCCUUGGGACAUCCACGAUCCGUACACUGGACAGGUACCGAUGCCCCCCAUGGGUCCGUGGGACAUCCACGGACCAUACCCUGGACAGGUGUUCAUGCUCCCCGUCCCUGAGCAAAUCCCUACCCCUGGACAGGUCCCGCCGCCCUACUCCCUGGUUUCCGAGCUGGUUCAGACGCCCGGCAUUUCAUGGGAGAUCCCGGCGCAUUUGGGGCUACCGCUGGGGAUCGUCGGUAUAG